UUCCCGCAGAAACUUAACCUUGCUGCAGAUCAUUUUUAUCAUCACGUUUCUCAGCCUGCCGCAAAGAAACCACGGUUUCAGAAACCGCUUGAUAGUCCCAGUCUCUCUCAAUGUACCUCAACUGAGGAGCACUUCACCUUUAAAGAUCUACAAAGAUGCUUAUUCAGCAAUAGUGAAAUCCAGCCAGUCAGCAUCAAACAGUCAGUGGUAACGCAACGAAACGAAUGCUUCUGGUGUGACGCAAGUUUAACAGACACGAACUUUCAGUGUCCGAACCAUAAACAUGAAAACACCGCCAAUCAGUUACCACUCGCUCUCAGAUCACUUCCACCGGAAGUGGAAUUGUGUGCAUCCAGCAUUCCUGGAACGGGAUUCGGUAUUUGCGCCAAGCGAGCGUUUCCUGUUGGCGCGUGGAUUGGGCCUUACGAAGGAACAUUUGUGAAGCCUGAGGAGCUGUCUUCUGUUAAAGAUACAACAUACAUGUGGGAGAUUUUCAAGGAAGGCAAAUUGGCCGGAUACAUUGACGGAAGCAACGAAAAUGUCUCAAGCUGGAUGCGUUUCAUCCGCUGUGCUCGCCACAAAGCUGAACAAAACUUGUUUGCCUUCCAGUACCUUGGAAAAGUAUUCUACCGCUCUUUCAAGGCCAUCCUGCCUGGACAGGAAAUGCUGGUUUGGUACGAUGAAAAAUAUCCCCAAUACCUUGGCAUUCCAUCAGCUAUUUUUGACAUGGGAGCUGUGAUACCGAGUGGUGCCAGUUCAAAGCCUGAUGAAGUGAUAGUUGUCUCUCCACGUAAGGCAAGCCAAACAUCGUUCUUUCCCAGUCCUCCUCCUUCGCCUGUUUCCAAUCCCAGCAGCAGUUCUUUUACGGUUACGUCCGCGCCCAUAAAUGAAAAACGUACCCCUCCAUAUCAACUUUGUGACGAGAAACUACUUUUUUACCAGGAGCAUGGAGUAGUGGAACCUGUGUCUUACACCACCUCCAUUCCCAAGCAGUGGACCAGUCCGCUGGAUCAGAAUAACGGUGAUCCACUGAGAGAUCCACAACAAAGCGAACAUGAAACGUCUCCGUUACGAAGUGGAGACCUUAAUGAAAACGCAACGCUCCCGAUGAACUCAGUUUUUAACAGUACUUCUGAGCAAUGCUCAUCAUGGACAUCAAGUCAAAGUCCGCUAAACCCAGCGUUACUUCAAACCUCGACGGUUCAACAGAAACCUUUUCAGUGUGGCCACUGCCCGGCUUCUUUCACAAAUGUCAAUCAAUUGCGCACGCAUUCUGCCAUUCAUGUGAGCAACAAACCAUUCAAAUGCGGUUACUGCUCGCGUUUUUUCAACGGGGCGACGACUUUAAACAACCACAUUCGAUCACAUGUUGGAGGUCGACAAUUUGCGUCUUCUCUAAGAUGACAUAGUAGAACGCAGAACAAAAAUCAGUCCAGUGUGUGUAUACUUUGUCGACUAAGAAGAUUGCCCCAUUAAACGAUAAACCUCCACACUAUAAACACAUGAUAAGAAGUAAAGUAGCGAGAAGGCAAGGGCAAGGGCAUUCUGUUUAACUGAACAAUGUAGUUAAAAUCAACGGACGUUAGAAUUCUCAAACUGUUCGUUGAAAAAAAACAAUAUGUUCAUAUUUAAUUGACUAACUCGGUGGAUAAUAUUGCCAGUGAUUUGUACUGAUCCAAUGCACACGUGGCAAUUUUCCAUUAGAGAUGUAUCACGUGACCAAUUUUGACUUAGGCACCAGCUAGUGGCAGAUUGAGACAACUAGAAUAUUAUAAUACACAUAGAAUAUUCCAAUUUAUAGCAUAGUAAAGUUCGUAAUACAAGGAGAUGUAAAUCUGGUAUAGUACACUUCACAGAGAUUAAAGAUUCAGAAGAUUCCAGUGCCUGGAGGAAGACUUUAUGACUCAGUCUGUCUAGACAGAAAAAGUCGUAACAAUAGCUUUCUUGAGUGUAAAUAGUUUGAACGUCGAUAGUUGGAAGCUAAGCAAAGCAGACAAAGCAACCACACUAAAAUAAAGAUAAAGUUUGCUCGAAUUGCAAUGCUGAGGUCUUGUAAUUAAAAACAGAUAACAUGCUAUAGUGUGUUGAAUUUGGUUUCAGUGGGUUCCCUGGAGGAAUUAACUGGCUGGCCUUCAUAUAUCCGCCCGCUGAUCCGAGAGGAGAUUGACCGCUGUAUAGAGGCUAUUAUUCACUUCCUCCCCUUCCUUUUGAUAAGUUUGGGAAACCAUGCAAUUAGGGCACUUGAAAACAACUGACCACAAAUAUGACUUUAGUCAUGCGCAUUACCUCUGCACUACACCUUUAAAACAGAGACUAAAGGAAUACAGCGCACGCUUUCCACAUGAGGAAUUCUGCGACAUAUGUUGCUAUAUAUUUCUCAUAUUAGUACUUAAUCCAGGUUUCCCAACCACAAAUACCAAGUUCAAAGCUUCAAGAAGAAAAUAUUGAGCACUUGGGUUUCAUCAUAAAUCUGUUGACUUCAUAACAGACAUAACAAUCAUUCUGGUAUCUAGGGACCCCCCUUUGGGACCACAUUCAUCUAGGCACUGUUGUUAUUUCAUUCCCUUUUGUUGUUAUUAAGAGGUGGUCGAAAAGAUGCAGGCUUUUUAAUCUUUAGUUGUUCAAAUAACCUUACGGAACCCGAGAGUCAGACCCAGUAAGCAAGAUACAUCAACCUUGAAAUUGACAACUUCUAGAAGGCUUGUUAUUAAUCAAACUGUCAUGUGCAUGAGAAUAAUCUUCAUACAUUAAGGAGAAAGGAUAGCUUUCGUACAAUGAGUCGAGCUAGAGGUUUUUCAAACAAUGCACAGAUCGCAGAUGAUGUCAUUUAAAUGUCAAUCAAAUGUUGACAUCUCUCCUUAGCCAUUAUCAUGAUUGGUAACUCCAUGCUCAUCCUCCCGUGAACACUUGAAGCUGAGAGUUUCCUUCACGCAAACGAGCAGUCUACCAUAUUAAGUAUGUAAGAAGCCUGUCAAAAAGUGCAAAUAAAUGGACACUAAGUGACACCAACGGUAAAAUCCUUUUGGACUUGGAAGAACGCUUCGACUUUAUGAAAGAACAAACAGCUAAGGUAAUGUACAAGGAAUUUGUCGAUGAAAUCCAAAUAUGGGUGUUGAUAGCUGAUGCAGAUAACUGUCUUUUGAAAGGUUUGGUGUGCAAAAAAUACUUAGCAAAAACCGGCAAAGAAAACAAGCGUGAUUGCGUCAGGCCAGGGUGCUUGUUUUACUAAGAGUGUGUUGGUUUCAGAUGUUAGCAAAUAUUUCUGCUUUGACAGGGAACCCGGCAUGGUUUUUGUUUAUUAUCUGGGUCAUUUUAAGAAUAUUAGCAAAUUUUUGAACAAGAGUACGAUGAUAAAAACUGAUUAACUAA